AUGCAACCUCACCGACCUUCGUUUCAAUCGCCACAAAAAAACUUGCAAUUUUCACGAGAAACACAACAAAAUUGGACAACAGAAGCUUCGCCAUUUCAACAUUACAUCCCACAAUCACCAAAUUACUUUUAUUAUCCACAACGACCCGGAUUUCCCGGCCCAAAUUUGCUUCAGCCAAGUAAUAUAAACCAACACACCUCCUAUUCUACAACAAGCACAAGUGCAGCUACAUUCGAAGACCCGAAUCAAACAAUCACACACUCUUUCCCUGGUGAUCCCAAUUACCCACAACAAAUUCCUCAACAGUUUGACUCCCAACAUGCAUUUGUGAGACCGUCUCUUCCUCAAACAACAUUUAGUUUUCAGCACGAAGCGCCACCUGGCGUUACAUUGGAAAGUUCUUUACCUAAGGACAAACAGAAUUCCAGUGCUGAGCAGCUUUGGCUUAAAUCAUGGUUAAAGUCGCAUAAUAUUCGGUUUCAAGAAAAUUCAUUCAGGCUACCGAGAAUUAGUGAUGCGCGAAAGAAAGUGCUCCGUGCUCAAGCACUUAGAAAAGAAUUAGACGAACAACUAGAAGCGUUGAAAGUCGCGAAAGGUUCGGCUAACGAAAAAGAAUGGGAAUUGAUGGUGUCGAAGAUCGAGAAAAUUAAGUCGGAAUACGAGUCGAAUAUGAAUGAGAUUUUAAAUAAGGAGUUUCAAACUAAAUUAAAACAGAAGAUAUCGAAAAUACGACGUCAUAAAAAAUGGCAAAAGCAGCAUAUCAAAAAAUUGCAAAAUGUUCGUGACGAGCGCAGACGGCGCCGCGAAACAUUACACAAAACAAUCGAUGAAUGGCGGACAGAAUGGAUUGCCAAAGAACUGGCAUUCAAAAGAGAACAAGCUCGCAAAGAAAAUGCCGAAAAACGCGUCGAGGAAGCCGAAGCGAAUAAAAAUAGACAUAAAGAGUUGUCAAGACUUCUUGAACAAGUGAAAAAACUUCGAGAUUUACGUCGAGAAAGACUCAAAAGAGAAGGUCAUUUCUUUCCGGAAGAGGAUAAUGAAUUUUUCAAUAAAGUUGCCUCAUUAAAUGAUGCAAUGAAAAUUGAAGAGGAACGUCUUGAAAAGGAAAGAAAUGCGGCCGCUGAGCAGAAACGUGAUGAAGCGAUGGAUGCAGGAAUGAAGGAACGUGAGCGAGAACGUGAUCCUUUAUAUGAAUAUUGGCACCAGGCUGAAUUCGAUUUGGAUAAUCUUGUAUCCAUCAGACGUCAAUGGGAUGCAUAUAUUGUCCCGGCGGGUACACAAGGAGCAUCCCGUAUUCCACCAAGAUUUGUUACUCCCACUCCUCCAGCUAAUUACAUUUGGGCAUCUUGUCUCACUCAUGGAAAUUCUUGA